AUGGCAGACACAGAAGAGGGAAAUCAAACAUCCAUCACAGAAUUCAUCCUCCUGGGAUUUGGAAAUCUCCCGGAGCUGCAGACUCUUCUCUUCCUCCUCUUUCUAGUGAUCUACAUCGUGACCAUAGUUGGGAACAUCCUCAUCCUGGCACUAGUUGUAUCUGUUCAGAACCUUCACACCCCCAUGUACUUUUUCUUGGGAAACUUGUCCUGCUUGGAGAUCUGCUACACCUCAGUAAUACUGCCCAGGUUGCUGUCAAGUUUCCUGACUGGCAACAAGACUAUUUCUGUUACUGCUUGUUUUGUACAAUUUUAUUUCUUUGGAUGCUUAGCAGCUACUGAAUGUUUUCUCUUGUCUGCAAUGUCGUAUGAUCGGUAUUUAGCAAUCUGCAAACCCCUGUACUACACCACCCGUAUGAAUGAGAGGUUCUGCCUCCAGCUGGCGAUUGGCUCUUGGGUAAGUGGCUCCCUAGCGAUUGCCACAUUGACAGUGUUGUUGUCACAGUUGACUUUCUGUGACUCCAAUGGAAUCGACUAUUUCUUUUGUGAUUUCGCCCCCAUAGUAAAACUCUCCUGCAGUGACACUCACCUUCUGGAAGUUACUGCUUUCAUAUCUUCCUCCAUAUUCACCCUGCCCCCAUUUCUAUUGACCUUGGCAUCCUAUAUUCAUAUCAUUGCUGCCAUCCUGCGAAUCCCCUCCACCACCGGGAGGCAAAAGGCCUUUUCCACCUGCUCCUCCCACCUCAGCGUGGUGACAAUUUACUAUGGAUCCCUAAUCAUUGUGUACAUGCUCCCAGACACCAACAGGCUGAGAUCCCUGAACAAAGUGUUCUCUGGCUUCUACACCAUCUUGACUCCCCUGGUUAACCCCCUGAUAUACAGCUUGAGAAACAACGCGGUGAAGGAGGCCCUGUGGAAAGCUCUCAGUAAAUUGGUGCCCGUCACAAGAAUUUAG